GACCCGCCCGGCGCGAGCGGAAGUCGCGUGACCCCGGAAGUGGCCAGGCGGGCGCGCGCGGGCGGGGCGCGGACGUUCGUCAUUUCGUGCGGGAGGGAGUGCGAGCGCGGCGCGGUCGAGCCUCCGGUGCCCAGGUCCAGCGAGAGGGGAGAUGGCCGAGCAGGAGCCCACCGCCGAGCAGCUGGCACAGAUUGCGGCCGAGAACGAGGAGGACGAGCACUCGGUCAACUACAAGCCCCCGGCCCAGAAGAGCAUCCAGGAGAUCCAGGAGCUGGACAAGGACGACGAGAGCCUGCGCAAGUACAAGGAGGCCCUGCUGGGCCGCGUGGCCGUGUCCGCCGACCCCAACGUCCCCAACGUGGUGGUGACCCGCCUGACGCUCGUGUGCAGCACGGCCCCCGGCCCCCUGGAGCUGGACCUGACAGGUGACCUGGAGAGCUUCAAGAAGCAGUCCUUUGUGCUGAAGGAGGGUGUGGAAUAUCGGAUAAAGAUCUCUUUCCGGGUGAACCGCGAGAUCGUGUCUGGCAUGAAGUACAUCCAGCACACAUACCGGAAAGGCGUCAAGAUCGACAAGACUGACUACAUGGUGGGCAGCUACGGGCCCCGGGCCGAGGAGUACGAGUUCCUGACGCCCAUGGAGGAGGCGCCCAAGGGCAUGCUGGCCCGCGGCAGCUACAACAUCAAAUCCCGCUUCACCGACGACGACAAGACUGACCACCUGUCCUGGGAGUGGAACCUCACCAUCAAGAAGGAGUGGAAGGACUGAGCCUGGCCCGGGAGACGGGCAGGGCGGGCGGACGGAGGGAUGUGCGCGCCCCCACCCCACCCCCACCCCAUACCAAAGUGCUGACAGGGCCCUGCCCAGGCUGCCACAUGCCGUCCGCCUCCUGCCCCCUCAGCCCCGCCUCCUGGAUAGUCUAGUGUCCCGCUGCUUCCACCUGUGCUGGGGGUGGGGCCGCAGCUCAGGCCCCUCCCCUGGGUCCCUCCCGGGUCCCCACCUGUCCUCGCCCCGGAGGCCCUGGCGUUCCCAAGGCAGUGGGAGCUCAGUCCCUGGGCCGUGUCAGUUGUCUGUUCCCCCUCAGGGGUGGGGUGGGGUGGGGUGCACGAUGCAGGGCCUUGGGCCGGCCGUCCUUCCAGCUUCGCUCCUCCCUGGUCAGUUCACCCAUUGCUGUCUGUAACCGUCUAACCAUGAUGCCUUAACAUGUGGAACGUGUGCUGUGGGGCCGUCACUAACCUCUAACCCUGUGUCUGCAUGAGCAUGUGGUCUCCCAGUCCUGCCGCCCCAUCUCGGUCCCCGUGGCUGGAAGGUGUGGACACACUGCUGCUCCCCCAGCCAGGGCCUGGCCAGCGCCCUCCAACCCUUUCCCCUCCCUUCCCCCUCCCGCCAGGGCUGAGGGGCAGCUCCCGGGCCUGGGAAAAGCCAAAUUGCCAAAACUGAAGUCGCCUCCGGCACCAUCUGAGAGGCCAGUGUCCUUACGCCUCUCCCUCUGUCCCAGUGGCAGCACCACCCAGCCCAGGGCCCGCAGAGCCCUCGGACAAAGCCAGGGCCCAGCCUCACUGCCCCGGACCCCGGCCUGGAGGGCGUGGCUGGCCUGUCAGUAUUUAUUGCCUCCAUAUGUGCCGUCCUCUGGGCCCGCUGGCCUGCCACUCUGCCCCCAGGCUCCAUGCCGCCACCCCCGGCCCCCCCGGACUCAGCCAGGACAACUGUGGGACCAAGCGUGCACAGUCGGAGCUAUCCCCUGUGCCCCUCCGAGGUCAGGCCCGGCUGGAACGCACAGGAGCCUGUCCCUGCUUCUCUGACCGGGAAAUAAACUCCCCUGAGGAA